GGUGUUGGAAAGGAUAUGGCCAAUAUAAUAAAUGCGGAGAAUCAACGAAAAUCAAGUAUGGAUAGUUCGACAACGAUUGGUGACGAGAAGCCAGUUCAACAAAAAUCGAAUGUGGGUAAAGCACCAAAGUCACAUCGACGGUUGAACAAUUUGGAUGUGGAUGAAUUGACUGAGUCUGAUUCAGAGGAAUAUCAUGCCAGCGAAGAGAGCACAGAGGCAUCAGACGCGAUUUCGGAUGACACCGAUGAAUACGUUCCAUCGGAUGAGGCGAGAAGGUUGGUUGGCAUUUGGCUUUGGUUUUGA